AACCUCUACCAUGGAACAAGACAGAAAGAGACAAAGAGAAGACGAUGACGGCUACGGCGAUGAGCAUGUCCGCCCCGAGUUCGACUCCAAACGUGCACGUGACGACCCCACCAACGAGCUUAUCAGCAAUGUCUGCAAGGAUAUCCGUCGUAUUGGCGAGACUGCCAACUUACACAACCAAGUGGACGACAUGUCGUACAUCUCCAACCCCAUCGUGGUGGAGUUUGAAAAAAUCGACCGCCUUCGGUCGGCGGUGCUUUCCAUUCUCCACGCCAUCGUGGUGGAACAACCACAGAAAAUUUCCAGCUUGGCAGCCCUUGUGAUCAUCUGCAAUGCCAAAAACUUUUUGGUUCCAAAAUAUGUCAUUGAAUUUUUCCAUACCAAGCUCCAGGAGUAUGUGGCCAUCAAGUCGGGCACCGACAACUUCAACCACAUCAAGAACAUUCUCAAGUUUUUGUGCAGUUUGUCGCCGAUUAUCGAAGAAGGGGCCUUGUUCAAUCUCUUGCUGCAAUUCAUAAAUUUAUCAAUUGAAUUGGGCAGUGACGCUCCGCUCGGAAGGGCCAUCCACUAUAACACAUUGAUGGCAGUGCCGUACUUGUUGAGCUGGGAUGAGUCGCAGGCCGAGGACGUCGAGAAAUUGGUGUCUGCUGCCGGUGGGUUUGCGCAUGGCGAUGCUUCGGACUUCAGUCUCUAUUCCCAUUUCAACAACAAGAACAACGGGGUGGAAGUGCCAUACCGCCCCAGGGCCAUUGUGGAACUUGUGUAUCCUGCUCUUUUGGAGGCUCAAAAGACGGGGUUUGCUUCUAUUAGAGAUCUUUUCAUCAACUAUAAGGAGCUUGUCGACCCUGUCGUCAAUGACGCCCUCCAAGCAAACAAGAUCUCCAACGAGUUGGUGAAGCACAAACUUCCCCAGGUGUCGGUCAACACCGAAACCCUCUCCAGCUAUAACCCAUCAUCGGAGUCACUUUCAAUUGACCUGCUUUGGUUCAAAGGUCCUCGUCUUACGUUCGAACUCUACUCCCACACCACCAAAGACUUCCCUACGUUGCCGGAAAUCUCGUCGUAUGCCGGCUUGUUCUUUAGAGAUAUCUGUACCGACCUCAUCACCAACUUGUCGUUCAACAAGGGUGAGGCCUCCAUCCAGUUGUCCAUCUUGGACUUGUACUUCAACCGACUGUUGUUCUGUCCACCGGGUAGCUCUGUCGAUACCCUUGUGGCAAUCAACAACGACAACAUCUCAAGAGAAAACGUUCCGCCGCUUUCGACGUGGAAAGUUGAAGACGUGGCGGUGGAAAGUCUCUUGUCGCUCAUCUUCCUUACUCCAACUCCACCCAACUUGGAAAUAUACUACCACUCGGUGCUUAUUUCCUGUUGUAAGGAGAGUCCUGAGGCCAUUGCCCCGGUGUUUGGAAGAGCCAUUCGGUUUCUUUACAGCCAUGUGGAGUCGCUUGACUUUGAAACUAGAAUCAAAUUUAUGGACUGGAUGACGAUCCAGAUCUCGAACUUCGACUUUAGCUGGAAGUGGGACGAGUGGGUAUCUGACUCCCAGGCGCUUUCAGCCUCUCGGUUCCACCCGAAGAAGAACUUUAUCCGGAACUUGAUAACAAAGGAACUCAAGUUGUCAAACAAGAAGAAAAUCAAGGAAAGUUUCGUCACCAUGGACCCCGAAACGGGCGAUGUGGUGGAAUUGGACGAGUUUUUUAAGUACUUGGACUUGUGCCUUUUCGACAACGAUACCAAGCACAUCAUCAACUACGACACAGACAUUUAUGGAGGUGAUGAUGCUGCCAAAGAGAUCAUUGCCAAGUCCAUUUAUGAGAAAAAGGAGACCUUCACCGUCACCACAUCUCCACAGACCGAGAUGUUCUUUGUAUUUGGCAACGACCAAUUGCCCUAUCACCAUGUAUGUGACAAGUUCCACAAGUUUUUGUUAUCCAACAGUAAGUCCAAGCGGGAAUUUGCUGAAAUGAUCGAGGAGCUCAAGUCCGACAUCACCAGCGACACUAUAAACAAGCUGAAGUUCAUCAUCAACCUUGUGUUGCAGACGUACUGUUCGAUUGGCUCUAGAUCCAUCUACUCCACUAUUAGUAUCUUAACCCGUGACUUGGUCAAGCUCAAGUGGCUCACCGGUAAUACUUUGCUGGAAGAAGACUACGUGGGCAAUUCGGAAGACUACAAAUUCCCCGAGUUGUCGCUCCAAAAUGAGCACGAACAAACGGCUGAGCUCCAAAACUAUGUGGUGGAUGCCGUGUUCAGAAUAUGGAUUUACCGUCCUCAGUUCAUCUUUUUGAUUUUGGAGUAUUUGGUCGAUGUCAAGUUGUUGGACUUCGAGGUAUUUGUCGGCAGAUGCUUUGAUCUCGAGCAUAACUUGGUGGUUGACCGGAUCGACUGUUUCGAAGCGUUGGCCCGGUUGUUGGCUGCGAGUUCCAAAGCCCACGACCUUGCCAGAAUCACCGUUGUGACCUCCAAAAUCAUCGAGAACUUGGGCCAGGUACUUGACAAACUCGAAGUCUCCGACGAUGCUAUCGUGCCCAUUGAUAAUUACACUGCAGAAACGGCUGCGAAAAACGACUUACAGUGGCUUUAUUACGAUUAUCUCGAUUUGUUCAAGUGGGUUGCAAGAAAGUACGGCACCAGCACCGAGACCGAAACACUUGUGGAUCUCGUCAAGAAUCUGUCGUUGAAGGCUGACUUGACAUCGUUGUCGGCCCAGCGUUUGCAGUAGAAAGUAAUAUAGGUAAACUUCCAUAGAUAAUUAACGCAUUUUCUGCCACA